AAAAUAUUUUUUCCUCCUCAUUCAAGCGGUUGUCAAAUGUCCGCAAUUAAUUUACAAACUCCCGAUUUACCCAAUCAAAUAAAUUUUGCCCUUUUUGAAAUGAAUGCUAAAUGUGGUUAUAUAGCUAAACCUGCUUGUAUGAGUGAACCAAAUCUUAGUUUUAGUCCUUUUGAGUUGGAUAGAAUUGAAAAUGUUGUUCCUUAUUCACUCUGUUUAACUGUAAUUUCUGUCCAAUUACUUUCUCUAAUUUGUGAUAAACCAAAAAUGGCAGUUUAUGUUGAAAUUGACUUAAUGUUCCGAACACCUUCAGUAACUUCGGAUGGACUUAACACUAUUUUUAUGGAUAUUUAUGGUGGUAGUUCUUUCCGUGUGGAAAAGAUUAUUUUGCCGGCGAUGGCAUUUCUACGCUUUUCAGUAUAUGAAGAAGGCACUUCACGUAUGUUAUGUCAACGUGUUAUUCCUAUUCAAGCAAUGCAGCCUGGAUAUCGCCAUUUAGAUUUAAGGAAUGGUUUUAACAAACCUCUCGGACCGUCACUUUUUGUUCAUAUAGAAAUACAAGAUUAUGUGAGUGAUGCCCACAGGGAAUUAGUUGACGCCCUCCAAAAUCCUAUACAGGCCGCACAAAAACAACAACAAUUAAGUGAAAAGGAUCGAGAGGUUAGAUUAGCACGUGAGGAACAAAAUCAAAGGUUGCUUGAAGCUUUGGAAAGUGUAGAAAUGGGCUCGGAUGGUGAAGAAGAAAAUAGUAAAAGCAUGGCUGCUGCCUCAGGAACACCUCAAGGCAACGGAAAAUCUGCCGUGUCAGAACAAAACCAGAAAACAUUAAUUGAGGGAGUUCAAACAACAGCAACAGAAGACAGUGCUGCUGCAAGUUGUAUGGACGAUUCUGAUGGAAAUAAUAAUUACAAAAAUAAUAAAAAGAGAGAAAAAGGAGGGAGCCGUUUUCAGAAGCGAAAAACUUCAGAAAAUACGGGUGGUUGGCAUAGACUGCCAAGAUUUCAUAGAAGGCAUAAAGGGGAACAGGAAAAGUAUCACGCCUCUUCAGUCUCUCUAGAUGAGAUAUCUGGCACCUCAGCAGGCAGUUCAAGCAUCAGAAAUAAUAUUAAAACUUCAAGUGAAAGAAAAAUGACGACAGCUUCAGAUACUUCCGAUAAGCAAAGAAAAUCGCGUUUGGAAGAAUUAGAAGUACAAUUGCCUUCAAUGGAGGAAUAUGAAUUAAAUCAUAAAAUACAGAAAUUGUUGAAGGCUUUUGCAAAGAAAAAUUGUUGUUUCCCCAUCCUCCCUUCCAACUUCCCCCAAUUUACUUCACAAUCUGCCAGACGGUUGUCAAUGGCUUUUGGGACAGUUCCAAAGAAGAAUAAUAAUAUUGACAAACUUUCUUGGCAUAAAUUAAUUAAAGACAUUAAUGACAGUAUCGAAGCCCUAAUUGAAUCAGACAAAAAACAAUUUGUAAAAACAAUUGAAUCCAGUUAUGAAAAUGAUUUAAAAGAGAUUCGAGAAACUAAUGCUCGUCUUAGACUUAUUGAACUUAAUGGAGUUACUAAAAAGAAUGCCCCAAUGGAAUACAAACGCCUUUCAGAUAAAUAUGUAAAAAGAGGAGUAGAAGAAAACCGACGUUUACUUGGAGUUAAAAUGACCAAAUUGGAAGAAUUGGGCGAACAAGCGCAUUCCCUCAAACAAAAACUUGCCAACAAAACAAAUGAGAGGUUCGAUGAAGUACCACAAAUUAAUUCGGAAUGA